AUGGCAAAGCUCAUUGACGAGUACUUUGCCAACCAUCUGUCUCUACCUUGGGAUGAGGCUGUGCGACUGCACAAGGAGUACUACCAGAACUACGGCCUGGCCCUUGAGGGCUUGGUACGGCACCAUCAGAUCGACCCGCUCGACUACAACGCAAAGGUGGACGAUGCGCUGCCGCUGGACGAGAUCAUCAAGCCGAACCCGGUUCUGAAGCAGCUUCUACAGGACAUUGAUCGCGACAAGGUACGGCUGUGGCUGUUGACCAAUGCAUAUGUGACGCACGGCCGGCGCGUGGUUCGGCUGCUCGAGAUCGAAGAGCACUUUGAAGGCAUCACAUUCUGCGACUACGGCUCAACACCGCUGUUGUGCAAGCCACACAAGGACAUGUUUGCGAAAGCGAUGCGCGACGCGGGCAUCGAGCGGGUUGAAGAUUGUUUCUUUGUCGACGACUCGUACAUUAACUGCAAGGGCGCAAAGGAAUUCGGCUGGACGGUGGCCCACCUGGUCGAAGAAGGCGUUACCUCGCCACGAACACCAGCUUCCCAGUUCCAAAUCAGCACCCUGAGCGAGCUGCGGACUAUCUACCCGCAACUUUUCAAGAGCAGCUCUUCCUAA